GACUUUUCGAGGGAAAACCUCAUGAGAAUUUGAUUUGAACUGAUUUCUUCAUAGUAGAAAGAGUUACCCCUCACAAGGCAAAGGUGCUGUCGAUAAGACAAGCCGCUAGUCCCAAUCAAGACGAAGUCCCGCCGUCAAGUUUGACCGCAUACAAGAAUUAUUGAACCCCUCCUUUUAUGCUUCACGACGAGACUGAGAGAAGGAAAGAUGCGUCUGGUCAAGAAUCGGAUCGAGCCGACCGGCUCGGGAACCGUCACGUUAUGUCCCGAAGAGCCAGAAGACAUGUGGCAUGCAUACAACUUAAUCCGGCCGGGAGAUCUUUUAAAGGCGAGUGCAGUCAGGCGUGUGACGACAACCCAGGACACAGGGUCAACAAGCUCGUUGCGGGUUCAUCUGAUGCUGGAGAUCCGGGUCAAGAACCUUGACUUUGACGCGCAGAGCUCGCAGCUGCAUGUAGCGGGACAGAUUAUGAACGAGACACAACACACCAAGAUCGGGCAGUUUCACACACUCGAUCUCGAACUUAACCGGAAUUUCACGCUCGAGAAGGAAGUCGGUGCGAAUGGAGAGGGUGUCGGCUGGGACAGCAUCGCGGUCGAGAUGCUCAAGGAUGCCGUCGAUGAAGGCGGGAAGAGGCGUGCAGAGGCAGUUGCGGUGGUGAUGCAGGAAGGAUUAGCCCAUAUCUGCUUCAUCGGACAAUUCCAGACCAUCUUGAAGCAAAAAGUAGAGAUGUCGGUCCCUCGGAAGCGAUCCGGAGGGAGUGAUCAUGAUAAGGGGAUGACCAAAUUUUACCAAGUAACGCUCGAUACGCUGCUACGCCAACUCGAGUUCAACACGAGUACCACCUCGCUCACGGGCAACGACCCCGUCAAGCCAAUCCUUCUGGCCUCGCCCGGCUUCGUGGCCACGGGCUUCCAGAAACACAUCCAGGGCGUGGCGUCAACGACAAUGCCGGCGCUCAAGCGGCUUCUCCCCAGCAUCGUGGUCGUCCACUCUGCAUCGGGCUACCUCCACUCCCUCUCGGAAGUGCUGCAGUCCCCCUCCGUGAAGACCAUCCUAGCCGACACCAAGUACGCGCGCGAAACGCGGCUCAUGGACGACUUUCUCGAGCAGCUUCGCAAGGAGACCAACCGGGCGACGUACGGCAUGCGCGAAGUGGAGUCGGCCGUCGACCAGGGCGCUGUCGGCCGCGGCGGCGGCAUCCUCAUCAUCUCCAACAGGCUGUUCCGCUCCCAGGAAGUUGCCCAGCGUAAACGUUGGGUCUCCCUCGUCGACCGCGUGCGCGACAUCGAGGGCGGAGAGGUCCGCAUCCUCAGCUCAGACCACGAGAGCGGCAAGCGCCUCGACGGCCUCGGCGGUAUCGCCGCCCUCACCACUUUCCCCUUACCAGACGAUGAGGACUUUGAUUCCGACGAAGAUAACACCGACAGCCCGCCCGUUGUCACUGCAGGGAUGGUCGUUUCCAAUGGCCAAUCCUCGGCUGUUUACUAGUCUUUUUCUUUUGUUGGCUUUAGCCUUGUUUUUCUUGGAGCAAACUUUGUGAUAGGCACCCUGAUGAUAUACGGAGUAAUAGAUUGGGAAAAAAUAAUUAAAAGCAAGAUAUAUUGAAUUAAACUAGUCCAAGUCCC